UAUCGCCGGUUCAGCGCAGCCCGGAGUCGCCCAGGCCUGAACUCCUACCCAGGUCCCAGACCCCGGCCCCAGGCCCUCGAGGACACCGGAGGCCACCCCUAGGGGGUGGGGAACGGAGCCGCGGGUCAGCUCUGCGAGCGUCCCGCAUUGGCCAGUCCGGCCCCGCCCCCGCCCCGGGCCAUGGCCCAGCCCUUAUCCCGGCCCCUCAUCCUAUCCCAAUCCCAGUCUUGGCCUCCGGCCCCGCCCUCGCCCCAUUUCCCAAAUCUGUCCCAACCCCGGUCUGGGUCCCAGCGAAUGCCAAGGUCCGGGUCCCAAUCCAGGGCCCCCCUCCAGUCCCAGUCCUUGUCUCUGGCCUGGCUCCCAUCCCGGCCUCGGCUCUUGUUUCACCCUCUGUCACAAAUUCUAGCCCAGCCUUUGCCCCCACCCCAUUCCCAGGGUUCGCUUAAGUCCCUGACCCAACCUCGGCCCUUGCUCAGGUCCCCACCACAGUCCCACCUUCCAUCACACCCCCUGCCCUUAUUCAAGCCCCAGUGCUCAGCUCAGCCCAAUCCAUUAUCUCAGCCUUUGCCCUCAUCUCUGUGUUUACCCAAGUCUCUCCCGCUGGCCCCCCGCCCCUCUCAUACUCUGCCCCUCUCCCAGCCUCGACUCAGGUCUGGGCUCCAGCUGCCGCCAGCCCUAUUGCUGUUGUUGCUGUUCUCUGUCCUUGGUCCAGGGGCUGGAGGCCUUUUCCUGACUGAUUACUCCACCUGCUCACCCCGAAAGCUGAGUCCUUUUCGCUCCUUUGCCAGCACCGAGCUCUUCCACUUCCAUGUUCCUGAAGACACAUUCCUGGCAGUUUGGAACCUCAUCAUAUUCAAGGAGCAGGGAGGAACCUUUGGAGAUCACUGCCCAGAUCAAAGUGUGACUGUGUAUUUCCGGUCCGGGGCACCCCCUGUCAUCAAUCCCCUGCAUACACACUUCCCAGGGGACACAGCUGUGCCUGGGGUUUUCUCACUGACCCUCAGCUGGACAUUGCCCAACCGCACCUCAGGCAUCUUUAACGUCAGCAGCCCGUUACCUGGGGACUGGUUCUUGGCUGCCCACCUUCCCCAGGCGCAUGGCCACAUCUCUGUCAAGGGUCUCCAGGAUGAGUGUCAGUAUCUCCUUCAACCGCAGCUGAUUGUCCGGCGUUUGCUGGACGUGGCUGUACUGGUUCCUGGCCGACCCUCAGAGCAAACCCUUUUUCCACACAAUCGCUCAGCUCUGUACAAGGUCUUUGUGCCCAGCUUUACUUACAGGGUUUCAGCGCAGCUGGUGUGUGUGGGGGGCCGAGGGGUGUCUGCCUGCCCUCUGACACUGCGCCUACGUCCCAAGGCCCCACCCUUGCACAACUCAAGCUCCGUGGCCUGUGGCGGUGCCUCAGUAUGCCAGCUGGAGCUGGCACUGCCCCCCUGGGGGCACUGGGUCUACGUGCGUGUGGAGACAUCAUACCGGGGCCCUGGCAGGACCAUCCGCUUCCAGCUAUGUGUGUGGCUACAAGAGUGCCCACAGCCCAGUCUGUCCCGUGCCCUGGUCCCUGGAGCUGCUAUGAACAUGCCUCAAUCACUGGGCAACCAACCACUUCCUCCAGAGCCACCAUCCCUGAGGACUCCUGCAGAGGGGCCUGAGGCCACAUCUCCACCUGAGCACUGCUGGCCAGUGCGCCCGACUCUGCGCAAUGAGCUGGACACCUUCUCUGUCCACUUCUACAUCUUCUUUGGACCCAGUGUGGCUCUUCCACCUGAGCGCCCAGCUGUGUUUGCCCUGAGGCUAUUGCCAGUUCUGGAUAGUGGAGGUGUCCUCAGCCUGGAGCUCCAGCUCAAUGCGAGCUCUGUGCGCCAAGAAAAUGUGACAGUGUUCGGAUGCCUGACUCAUGAGGUGCCUUUGAGCCUGGGGGAUGCUGCAGUGACCUGUUCCAAAGAAUCCCUGGCUGGCUUCCUGCUCUCAGUCAGUGCCACCUCCAGAAUGGCCAGGCUACGUAUCCCAUUUCCACAGACAGGGACCUGGUUCUUGACUCUCCGCUCCUUGUGUGGUGUAGGGUCUCGGUUUGUGCGGUGUCACAACGCAACUGCUGAAGUGCGGCUGCGCACUUUCCUGUCCCCGUGUGUGGAUGAUUGUGGACCCUACGGCCAGUGCAAGCUGUUGCGUACACACAAUUACCUAUAUGCAGCCUGCGAGUGCAAGGCUGGGUGGCGGGGCUGGGGCUGUACCGACAGUGCCGAUGCACUCACCUAUGGAUUCCAGCUGCUGUCCACGCUUCUACUCUGCCUAAGCAACCUCAUGUUUUUGCCACCUGUGAUCCUGGCCAUUCGGAGCCGGUAUGUGCUAGAAGCUGCCGUCUACACCUUCACCAUGUUCUUCUCAACGUUCUAUCAUGCCUGUGACCAGCCAGGCAUUGUGGUUUUCUGCAUCAUGGACUACGAUGUGCUACAGUUCUGUGAUUUCCUGGGCUCCCUAAUGUCUGUGUGGGUCACUGUCAUUGCCAUGGCUCGGUUACAGCCCGUGGUAAAGCAGGUGCUGUAUUUACUGGGGGCUAUGCUGCUGUCCAUGGCUCUGCAGCUUGACCGACAUGGACUCUGGAACCUGCUUGGACCCAGUCUCUUCGCUCUGGGAAUCUUGGCCACAGCCUGGACAGUACGCAGCGUCCGCCGCCGGCACUGCUACCCACCCACGUGGCGCCGCUGGCUUUUCUACUUGUGCCCAGGCAGCCUUAUUGCAGGCAGUGCUGUCCUCCUGUACGCUUUUGUGGAGACCCGGGACAACUACUUCUACAUUCAUAGCAUUUGGCAUAUGCUUAUCGCUGGCAGCGUGGGUUUCUUACUGCCUCCUCGUGCCAAGACUGACCACCGGGUCCCGUCUGGAGCCCGGGCCAGGGGCUGUGGAUACCAACUGUGCAUCAAUGAGCAGGAAGAGCUGGGCCUUGUGGGCUCAGGAGGGACCACUGUCAGCAGCAUCUGUGCCAGCUGAGUGGGGCUUUGGGCCAGGCCCCUGAGGUUAUGAACCCUUCCUAGGGAUUUUCCUGGGAAUGUGGAGCCCUCCUGGUGCCAAGAGAUUGUUGUAUUUCUUGAGGACAUGGAGCAUUUCUCAAGGACAUCAAACUCUUCCAGGGACCUGGAGCCCUUCCAAGGACAUGGGGAACUUCCUGAGGGCUUGGAGUUCUUCUGCAACCAUGGAGUCCUUCUUAAGGACUGGAGCUAUGCAGGGCAGAGAGCCCCCUCAGGACCAAGGAGUCCCUCCUAGGGGCAUAGAGCCCCUAGGAUAUGGAGCCCUCCUAUAUAGACACUAGGGAGACACUGCUCUGUUAGGAAUGUGGCAUUGUUCCAGAGGAAAUGGAGUCCAUCUUGGGGAAACUGAAUCUUAAGAUUUUCCCAGAGACUCAGCAACUCUGGCCUCAGGCUUCCUUCCCAGAAGCAGCAUCUGGGCCUGUGCUGUGCUGGAAAGGGAGGAUUGUAGGACAGACGUAACUGGAACUGGGGCUGGGUGGCUGACGUCCUGAAUUGAUGCAGGUGGGAUCUGGAGUGUCUCCAAUGAAGUAUGUGCUGGUUCUGUGCUGCCUUUUUCCCCUGGGCUCAGGGAGUGGGGAGAAGAGGAGGAGAGGGUCCCUGAGGUAAUAGAAGGGGUGACAGGACCCCAGCCUACAGGAGCUGCUGGGAGCCUACUGUCUGAGGCUUCUGCCCUAUCAUGUACACUCCUGCAUCCCUCUCAUCUGGUCCCUGUGUUCAUUUCUAAACAGUUCCUGGUGCCUACUUUUCAAUUCCUGUGGGACCUAGACUGCAGUAAUUAAGAGGGGUGUGUGUGUGUGUGUGUGUGUGUGUGUGUGUGUGUGUGUUGGUCACAUAUAAGCAUGCACGUGUUUGUGUAUGCUGAGAUGCUUGAAUCAGUGAGACAGACCUCCUUCAUGAUAAGCCCACACUCACAGGAAGGAAGCUGAGGUGCCAGGAAAUUAAGUGACAGGUACAAAGUUCAGCUGUGCAAGAAAUAUCACAAGAAUGUCACUUCUAUUUUGAGCCUCCAUUUUUUUUCUGAGUACCAGAAACAAUCUUUUGUUAAUUAGGAUUUAAUAAUUUCCAUCAGGGUCAUAGCUGAGUUCUGAGGGUUUUACAAAAUGCCAAGAUAUUGAUGUUGAAAGGAGCAUUCUCUCUCGCCUCCAGAGAGAAUGGCCUCACCCAUCCACUGAGACUUCCAUCAUCCCAUUUGGUUCCCAGUUAGCAUUCCAGGUAAGUCAUCUGGAUGAGGGAGAGAUCUUGUUCCUAUCUAUAUAACCCUUCUGGUUUGAAGGUCUGUGCCACAUGCAAAGACCUACAAGAUUGUCUAAGGCCUUUGUUAUGUGGACACCAUGAAGCCAUUUCUACUGUGGGGUCCUUUUCUGAGUUUCUCUUGACAAACAAGGCAUAAGUUGCUCUUUUAAAUCCUACAGACCCACGCAGGGGCUUGGCUCAGGGCCCCUCCCUUUGGGAUCUUUUUGUGGCAGUGAUAUCACUUCAUUUCCUCUUCCUUUCUCUUCCUCCAUUUGUUAAUCUUAAGGAGAGGAUGGGGGAAGCCUUAUUGUUACUUGCCAUGUUUUCUCCCAAAUCUUUUAUCUGUGCCUUAAGUUUUUUUCUGUUCCCUUUAGGGACUAAGCUUUUGAUCCUCAAAUGCCAGGAAAAUCUCCCUUUAUCCUCUCCUCCUACAAUCGCAUCUCUUCCUUGGAGUUACUUAGUAGAGAAUGAUGUGGCCAAAUGAAUUGUGAGAAUGAAGAUAUAUGACCUUGGUGUCUGUUUUUACAUCAGAAAUUUUAUUUUCUUUCAAUACUCAUUUGGAUAGAGCCAUGUUACUAAGAUGCUUGAACCCAAUUAGCUGGGAUUCAGGAUAGAGUUAGUGGAAUCCAGAAGACACUGGAAUAGGCAACCGAGCUAGGACACACCUCACUCUGCUAGGAUGGGUUGGAAGGGGCUUCUGGAAAUGAGGGGCUUGAAUGAGGAUUAAAUGAAUUUCUAUAAUGCCAAGA